AUGUUUCUGGCGACGUGUUGUGGGGUGUGCAAUUAUUACAAACGGAAGAGAAACCGUGUUCCUCAGUCCAUCCCCUGCUCGGUACCUGAACAAACGGUAGAUAAUUCCACACCUGCCCAGAUGCCGCUGCAAUACGGCGGUUUAGCUUCCAUGAUGCGAGCAGCCGGAACGCACCAGUCCCCCUUCGCAUACAUAGGACCUGCCACAAUAUCUACAACAUCUUUACCACCGCCAUCUUAUACUGAAGUAGUAUCUAAGCCUGAACUUUAUCCUAUCAAUAAAGGUGAUUCGGCGUCUUUGCCAACGUCACCAAUCACACCGGAAGAAAGUGUUAUUCGGAGUUAUUCUUCACAUCGUGCCAAUAACAAUACUUACGUAACUCUAAACGUCGUGAACUUAGUGCGAUCUGGUUCGAGUCGAGGACGACAAGGAGAUCAAGGUGUUGCUCCGCCAUCUUAUUACGAAGCUAUUCAAAGUCCUAGUUCGCCAUGUUCCCCUUCUUCUCAACAAGAGUUACUAUCAAUUUCUUUCUUUCUAUCUAUCUAUCUAUCUAUCUAUCUAUCUAUCUAUCUAUCACAGUCUGUUUCUUCCAAUCUAUCACAGUCUUUGUUUUUUUAUAUCUAUCUAUCUAUCUAUCUAUCUAUCUAUCUAUCUAUCUAUCUAUCUAUCUAUCUAUCUAUCACAGUCUGUUUCUUUCAAUCUAUCUUUCACCACAGUCUGUUUCUUCCAAUCUGUCCUGUUUCUUCUAUCUAUCUAUCUAUCUAUCUAUCUAUCUAUCUAUCUAUCUAUCUAUCUAUCUAUCUCUUUAUGUAUUAUAUUUUUAUUCAUUUCAAUUUUUGA